UUUGGAAUAUGGUAAGAAAUGAUGGCACUCUCGACAAAAAGAAGUUUUUAGGUAUAACUUCUCGUGAUAUAAGAAUUCCUGAUGAUCGAUAUGUAGAUUAUUUUGGUCAAAAAAUUCAAGCUAAAGAUGUGCUUGCACAUUAUCAGAAUUCUCCUAUUUUAUUUGAUCAUUAUACUCCGUAUAGGUGGCUAGAAAAGAAGAAAGAUCAGCUACAUGAUCGAUUAG